UCAGCAGCAGCAGCAGCAGAAGAGGAAGCGGAGGUGCAGGAGGAGGAGGAGGAGAGCCAAGCACACCCCCAAAGUUUGUAACUGCAGCUGUCUGGACACGGCGGACGCACGUACUGCGCACUGAAUCAGGUGGGGAGCGGUGGCUCAGCGUAAGCGGGAACAUCUGAUGACACUCGGCCUGCUUCAUAUCUGCUGAAGACCGGAACUAGCCCAUAAAAGGAUUCUGCCAAUCUGCAUCUGAAUGAAGCCACUUUUCAUUUGUGACUGGCAGCUUACCAUACCUGACAGAUAAACUCAGACCGUCUCAAAACAUUUUCUACCUCCUAUUUGCGUCUCUGCUUGUCAAGAAAGACAUUUUUCUGAAGCGAUCAUCCCAAAAGGAAGUGCUGGAAAGGACUCGUUUCAGCGUUUGACAGCUCUGACCCACUUAUCACGCUCCAACAAGCCGGGCGAAGGGAAAACUUAGCAUUUAGCGGACAACGUCAGAAAAGGUUAUGCAUUGUUUUAUAUUCAGGGCCACUGAGCAACUGACCUUCCGAUCUGAUUAGCUACAUACAAACACCCACCCACACAUGUACACACACAGACGCGCACAUACCAGGCUCCUGGCCUCUGUGGAUCCUUUAAAUAGCGCACCACUUGUGUCUGCUUUUCGGUUUAGCAUCACAACACUGAGACACACACUAAAACAGCUGAACCCAACUUGGUGUUCAAAGUCCACCAAGCACUGUUAACUCCCUCAGAGCACGCUGACCUUGGCUGCCAGCAGUGACGUUUGUGCGUGUGUUUGCAUUAGCAGGGGGCAGUGUCACAUCCUGUCUGAUCUGUGAGAUUGAGAAUGAGAGCUGGUGUGGCUCUGAUAAAUGCACUAAAAACACAAGCGCCUGAGGGUAUGCGCUUGAAUAAGAAAGUCGCUGAGUGUCAUUAGACUUUUUAGUCAAAUGUGUUACACAAAAAAAAAAGUAGUCCAUAUUAAUUGAAAAGUGUGUGUGCGUGUGUUUGUCACAUUGUCAGAGCAUAUUAGAGUCAAAGCUCUCUAGGUCAUGUCACUUUGACUGGCCUAGAUUUGAUAAAAUAAAUAGUGACCGUAGGACUUAUCAUGAUAGGAGUACACUCAUCUUAGACAAAUACAUCACACUCUGUAUUCCUCUCACUCUGUAACUAACGUCUUACCAAACAAACAGGGUCUGCAAUAUAAAACUUAUACCACUUGGCCUUUCCCUCAACAUUUCCUAAAUGAACGCCUUCCCUUCCUUCUCUGCACCUCCACCCAACACACCAACCAUCCAGUCAGUGUGUAAGCCCUGUCUUCGGGCCCCGUGGAGGAUGAACGAUGUGCCCACACUUGACUAUGAGUUGCUGCUGUCCCCAGCCAGCUCCUCCCUCUCCGGCAGUCAUGGUGGCGGCAGCAGCAGCCCUCCUCUGGCCUUGGUUGGGGUGGACACAGAGCAGCGUACCGCUUUGGCCUUUGUAGGCCUCCUCAUGCUCUUCUUGGUCUUCCUGCUGGUCAGAUGCUUCAGGAUCCUGCUGGACCCCUACAGCCGCAUGCCUGCAUCAUCCUGGACUGACCACAAGGAGGGGCUGGAGAGGGGUCAGUUUGAUUAUGCACUGGUAUAGGGUGGCAUAGGCAGGGGGAAGUUUCACUGCACACAGAGAGACUAUUUUAAAGCAUGGACUGGUUUAGAGGUGAAGAGGGACGUAACAUUGUGAAAGCACUGCUUAAGAGGGGCGUUAACUAUUGCAGGACAUUUAUACUGUAUCACUGUGUACUGGUGUAAAUAUGAGGCUGCAGGACCGUAAGUAACCAUAACACGUGUGGUUCAACAUGAGGCUCGCCCUGCAAGCCAAACAGUCACUCAGAUCCAAAUGUUUGGACUGUGACGUACAGAAGUAUAGAGCUGCACAGCUGCCUUAACUGUAAUAGUCAAAACAUGCUACCCAAACCACGACAUCACUUUAGGGCUAGGUUAUUAGGAUUUGGGGUAUAUUCACUCACAACUCACACAACUAACCUCAAAGCUAGAUUUUCAAAAGCCCCUCCACUUACAUAAACAGAGGCAGAACUUAGAUGAAGGAGUUUACACUUAAGCAGAUGCCCCUUUAAUGAACCAAGGCCCAUUACGAAGCGUCCGAGUUUUAAGUGCUUAUCAAGGAGCACAAACACACACUUUUUUUGUGCUGAUUCUGAUCCUUUUCACUGAGCAGUUCCAGAUGCUUUUUAAGGUCCAAGCAGGUAGUUUGUGGCUCUAUAAAAUCUUGUCUGUGUACGUUUUGUGUGUUUCUGUGUCUGUAACUGAGAAGCCAUAUUGAAACUAUAUAAUCCCUUAUUACUGCGAGUAGAGUUUAUGUUACCUGGUUGUAUCCUUUGCUUUAGUCAGCCUGCCGAGCGUGUUGAUGAAGCAAACAGCAACCUUUAGGCGAAACAAAGCUUUAUUUUUCUAUUCCUGACUCAGGUUUUGGAGUCUCCUUUUUGCUAUCCUUUUCUCUCUUCCUCUUAUUGUAUCAACCUUUAGAAUGUAGAUUUUUGAGCUAGUUAUGCAGCCCAGUCUUAGAAGGAGGCAAAGGAAAAACUUUGCGUUUUUGAGUUUUGUAAUUAACUAUUUUUCUGACUAUCUGCUUCGUUUUUUGAUACGCUGGGGUGAAACAAUAUGAUUUUCUUCAAUUACUCUUAUAUAAU